AUGGGAGAUAUUGUCAAGCUUCCUCCUGGGUUUGUUUUCUCUCCAACAGAUGAAGAACUUAUCCUUCACUUUCUAUAUUCUAAGGCUUCUCAUCUUAUACCAUCCCACUCAAACUUCAUCCCUCAUCUUGAUCUCUCUCUACUUCUUCCUUGGGAAUUAAAUGGUAAGGCUAUGUGUGGUGGAAAUGAUGAUGUCCAAUACUAUUUCUUCACCAAACUGAACAAGGAAAACAGAUCCACUCAAAAUGGAUUUUGGAAGGAAAUUGGUGUGACAGAACCAAUAUUUUCAGGUACUGAUCAAAAAGUGGGAAUGAAGAAGUACCUAGUAUUCAAUGAAACUAGUUGGGUAAUGCAAGAAUAUCACAUUUACUCCUCUGUGUUUGAUAAACUUGGUGAAAAUUGGAGCGAGUGGGUGUUAUGUAAAGUGUAUGAAGUUGAAAAGAACAUGUAUGCUGAACAAGGUUACAGCGAUGAUGAUCGUGAGAGUAGUGGAACAGAACUUUCAUGGCAAGACCAAGUUUUUCUGUCUAUGGACUUGGACAUGGACAUGGAAGGAAUAACAAUGAAUCAAUAUUAG